UGUGUCUGAGGAGGAUCCGGCGCCGAAGCUGCGGACGGUUUGCUGAGCCCGUUAGUGUCCCUGCGGAGACUCAACGCCGGCGUCAUGUCCCGGUACCUGCGCCCCCCCAACACGUCUCUCUUCGUGAGGAACGUGGCCGACGAUACCCGGUCUGAAGACUUACGUCGGGAAUUUGGUCGUUAUGGUCCUAUAGUUGAUGUGUAUGUUCCACUUGAUUUCUACACUCGCCGUCCAAGAGGAUUUGCAUAUGUUCAAUUUGAGGAUGUUCGUGAUGCCGAAGAUGCUUUACAUAAUUUGGACAGAAAGUGGAUUUGUGGACGCCAGAUUGAAAUACAGUUUGCACAGGGGGAUCGAAAGACUCCAAAUCAGAUGAAAGCCAAGGAAGGGAGGAAUGUGUAUAGUUCUUCACGCUAUGAUGAUUAUGACAGAUACAGACGUUCUAGAAGCCGAAGUUAUGACAGAAGAAGAUCAAGAAGUCGGUCCUUCGAUUACAACUAUAGAAGAUCUUAUAGUCCUAGAAACAGUAGACCGACUGGAAGACCACGGCGUAGCAGAAGCCAUUCCGACAAUGAUAGAUUCAAACACCGAAAUCGAUCUUUUUCAAGAUCUAAAUCCAAUUCAAGAUCACGGUCCAAGUCCCAGCCCAAGAAAGAAAUGAAGGCUAAAUCACGUUCUAGACCAAACUGCAGCUGGAAUACCCAGUACAGUUCUGCUUACUACACUUCAAGAAAGAUCUGAGAAAGCGGAAAAAGAACCAAAGAAGGGCAGUUCAAGCGACCAAAGGGUGGGUGGAAGGUGCUGCAGUAUGAAUACUGUACGAAUAUUUUGACUCUGGUCUGAAAAGAUAAAAGAAUGUUAUGGAAACUACAUGGAAUAUUUGAAGUCCCUUCAAGUUUGAAAGUAAGCAUUUUAGGACAAAUAAAAGGAAAUUCAACUUUGUACUUGUGGAAACUAAUCCCUAAAUCUGAAUAGGUUUAUACUGAUUCAUGGGUAACAGGUCCAUGUUAAAUUAUUGGAAACUAGGAUGUCUGAAUAUCAAGGAAGACAGCCAUAGUCUCUUACAGUGCCUCUAUUGGUCUGUCUCAAAGUGAAUUGGGUGAGAAAAGGUAUGGUCCAAUAUAAACUUGGUUAUCUCUUAAAGUCAGUUCUAUUUUUGCUAUUGGGAAAUCUUGCCUUUGUUUAUUAUUCCAGUGCCAGUGUUUUCUGCUAAUGCUUUGCUUUGUUGGCAUCUGAGUUUCCUUACUUGUAUGCCAUAUGUGGUUUACAUCUUCCUUAAACACGCUCCCUUGUAAAUUCCAAUUAUGAUACUUGACAUCCAGAUAAGAGGGUCCAUCUCUUCUCACCUCUUUCCUAGUCAGUAUAUUCAGCAAACAUUUACUGAGCCCUUAUUAUGCCCCAAAAAUUGUACUGGGUAACUGGGGAGAAAAACAGAUAAAACUCACUUAUUCAAUAAAUGUCUACUGAGCACAAUCUAGUGAAUCAUAACAGUGUGGCCUCAUUGUCUUGUUUGAGGUGUAUUAUAACAAUAUUUUACACCAUUUAUAUCCUAUGUAAUUAUAAAAUCCAAUAUACUAUCAAAGAAGCAAUUUUGUGGUUAUUUGCCAUUUAAAAGUAUCCAGUAUUUGUUUGCAUCCCAUUAAUACAAAUGAUGAAAAAAAUGAUUUGUUUUAAUCUGUAAUAAACUGAUUUAUUGUGCAGUGACUGUAAUAUACUAGAGUUAUAUUUAAUUGUUAACUCUGCCUCCUCAAACACAUAUUAGGCAACAAUCCCCAAAAUAAGUAUUUAACUUUGCAUCAGAUGUAAAGGAGACUCUGGGUGCUAUAAUUAAGAUUAUUUUGAGGCAGACAGAGAGCUGUUAAUUCCCAACUGAUUUAGUAUGCUCUGUAAUUGAGAAAAUGUUCACCAAACUAUACUUUUUAGUGAUUUACAUGUACAUUUUAUAGGGGACAUGUUCUGUGUAUAGUGAAUAAAUAACUUUUGUAGUAUCACAAAAUGUUUUGGAUUCCUUAGUUCCUCAUUAGGAUGUGCAGUUUACCUAUACAUUGAUUUCAUCACUUGCAUAUUUUUGUCUUAUUUCUGCUGCAUUUAAAACUUUUCAUCUAAAGUUAUUCACCUAAAAAUACAGAAGUGUUUAAGCCUUUAUAAAGAUUUUGAAAAUAUAGCAGAAUACAUAUAAGGGAGAUGUGAAAUGGAGGUAUUUUUACCCCUGCUUCAUUUUUUAAUAUUUCAAACUUGCGUAAGACCACACAGCACGUAAGUGGCAGAUACUAGUUAGUGUCCAUGGUUUUUCAUUUGGUUCAUCUGUUUAAAUCAAAUAGGUAAAUUUAAUAACUUACACAAUUAAUACAAUGGAAUCUAGAAUUCACUUGCAAGAUUUAAUAGAUUUAUGAACACAAUUUAAUUACAAAGAGUUUUUUUGAACUUUCUUGGAUGAAAAAGAGGUUAAAUGUAAUCCAAGAUCAGCUGUUGACAGCAGCUGUCACUCACUCUCCAGUCUAGCUUUCCAAAUUUCGAUCACAUUGUAUUGCAUUUUGAACAGUUUUGUUUACAAAAUCCUGAGAUAUUUUGAAGUGGGGAGUCUGUGAACUUGAACAGCACAGUGGUAGCUCAGGAGAACAGUGUUCAACUAAGAGGUCUGUCAAAGCUUUUUACACCUGGAAUCCCAGGUGUAACUGUCCUCAUUGAUAAAUGAAGUCAGCAGCCUUUUCACAACUACUGUUAUCUAUCUGUAAAACAUAGCUAGCUGCUAUGGAAAAGGUUCCUUUUGGGUUU